CAUAUGUUUCCUAAUAUUGUCACAUUUAUUUUUACUGGAACUUACUAUUCGUCUCUUGAUGAAUACUAAUAAUAUCUAGAACCAACAAAACGACCAGGUAAAGUACUCCCAAUCACGACCCAACACGUAGCACUAGUAAGGGCAUUUAUGUCUUUUCAGACGGCGAAUAUAAGCCGGAUCGGUUGGCUCAAGAGCGUGGCCGGCGAAGUAGCCGGAGCUCAACCAGCUAUGGCGACAGCUUUGCCGUGCACGACGGCCAUCGACUCCAGUAUAAGACUACUCUCACCAUCUUCCUCUCCUCUCACUUCGCUACGAUUCUACUCCGUCAACAGACGCCGUCACUCUUCGACUGGUAACAAUUGUAUUAGGGCGAAGAAUGGAGUUCGGUAUUCUGUAGAACCACCAAAUGAGGGGAAAAGGAAGAAGAGUAGGAAUCUAAGUCUGAAAUCGUUGUUAAGAAGACGAUCGAUGUGGAAAAGGAUACUGUUUGCAUCGACCAAGAUGAGGAGCAUCAUUUUGCUCAAUGUCACUGCUGUCAUUUAUGCUAGUAAUAUCCCUGUAGUCAAAGAAAUUGAAGGAGUUGUUGAUCCUGGGAUCUUCAAUGUCGUGCGAUUUGCUUCUGCAGCAAUUCCCUUUCUCCCUUUUGUACUCCGAGCGAAUGAUACUCGGACCCGUAAUGCAGGGAUAGAGUUGGGUUUUUGGGUAAGCUUAGGCUACCUUAUGCAAGCAAUUGGAUUGCUCACAUCUGAUGCUGGACGAGCUUCUUUUCUUUCUAUGCUCACAAUUGUUGUGGUUCCCUUGCUUGAUGGCAUGUUAGGAUCCAUAAUUCCUGCACGCACCUGGUUUGGAGCUCUCAUGUCGAUGUUUGGUAUUGUGAUGUUGGAAUCCAGUGGCUCACCUCCAUGUGUUGGAGAUUUGUUAAACUUCUUAAGUGCACUCUUUUUUGGGGUUCAUUUGCUACGAACUGAACAUAUAUCACGAAGUACUAGUAAAGAGGACUUUAUACCACUCCUUGGCUAUGAGAUGUUGGUUGUUGCUCUUGUAUCAACCUUGUGGUACUUUAUUGGAGGCUCAUUUUUUGGUACUCAAGCAGUAAAUCUGUCAGACUGGACAUGGUCAACAUUCUGGAGUUCAACUUUGUCAUUUCCCUGGAUACCUGCUCUUUACACUGGCUUAUUUUCAACUGGAUUAUGUCUAUGGAUAGAGAUGGCUGCCAUGUCUAAUGUGUCAGCAACAGAGACUGCAAUAAUUUAUGGCCUGGAACCAGUAUGGGGUGCUGGGUUUGCCUGGUUUCUCCUUGGUGAGAGAUGGGGUUUAAGUGGAUGGAUUGGGGCCGCCCUUGUGUUAGGUGGAAGUCUAUCAGUUCAGAUAGUUGGAGCUUCAUCUUCUUCUUUAUCAGGACAAGUUGAAAAAGUUAUUCAGGAUGAUGAGUUAUCAUCAAUUUCUGAUAAAAGGAACAAUAUUCGUGCUUCACCACUUGUUAUUAGCUGCAAGGAAGAUCCAACUGACUUGUUGCGGAAAUGAUGAGUGUUGUUAUGUUGAUGCUUCUUUCUUGCGAUGUAUAUAUUAGGUGCGUCUUGUCUAAUCCAGAAAUAUAGUAUCUCAGCAGUGUGCAUGUACAUAACAAUAUACAGUUUUUACAAAUGAAAUCUUAGUAUACUUAGUUUUCCUCUGUUCUCAACUUAUAAGAAAACUAGUAUACGUACCCGCGCGAUGCGCGGUCAGUUGAUUAGUGUAGUCAUGAGUAUACAGGUUUAUUGAACAAUUUCAUGAUUCA